CUCACUCACAUUAUAUCCAGUACUCAACACUAACCCAUGGCUGAUCACCCAGUUCACACUCAGGAGUCCUUCAUUCACUCACUCCUGAAUUCCUCCGAUCCUUCUCACCCAGUCUCUCCCUCAAUAAUCCACACCCCCGAAAGCCCUUCAUUCACCUCCGUCCUUCAAUCCCACAUCCGCAACCUCCGAUUCACCACCCCGAAAACCCCGGAACCCCUUUUAAUCAUCACCCCAACUCACGUUUCCCACGUGAGAGCCGCCAUAAUCGCCGCCCGGAAGCAUCAUCUCCACAUGAAGAUCCGCAGCGGCGGCCACGACUACGAAGGCGUCUCAUACGUCUCCCACAAGGCCCCCUUCUUCCUCCUCGACAUGCAAAACCUCCGCUCCGUCGAAAUUGACAUGGCGACCGAGACAGCAUGGGUCCAGGCCGGUGCAACUCUCGGCGAAGUCUACUACAAAAUCGCCGAGAAAAGCAAAGUCCACGGGUUCCCGGCCGGGGUGUGUCCGACAGUCAGCGUCGGAGGACACUUAAGUGGUGGAGGGUACGGCACCAUGAUGAGAAAGUACGGUCUUUCCGUCGACAAUGUCGUAGAUGCUCAAAUCGUCGACGUUCGCGGACGGGUUCUCGACAGAAUAACCAUGGGUGAAGACUUGUUUUGGGCCAUACGAGGAGGCGGCGCAGCUAGUUUCUGUGUGGUCGUGGCUUACAAAAUUAAUCUUGUUCGGAUUCCGGAAAACGUCGUCGUUUUCAGAGUCGAGAAAACUCUGGAGGAGAAAGGAACGGACGACGUCGUUUACCGGUGGCAGGAAGUUGCGCCGAAGCUAGACGACGACCUCUUCAUUAGAAUUUUCUUCGACGUUGUGAAGAGUAACGAUCAAAGAGAGAACAAGACUGUAAGAGCUUCUUUUGUAGGGUUUUUUCUUGGAGAUUCUGAGAGACUUUUAAAUUUGGUGUAUGAAAGUUUUCCAGAACUUGGCUUAAAAAAAUCCGAUUGUAUUUUCACAAGCUGGGUCCAAUCCAUUUUUUUCUGGGCAGAUUUACCAAUUGGGACGAGAGACGAUUAUCUUCUCGUUCGAACGCCUAAAAAGCUCGUUCACUUUAAGAGAAAAUCUGAUUAUUUGAAGGAGCCAAUUCCGAAAAGUGGUCUUAACUGGAUUUUUCAGAGAAUGAUCGAACUGGAAUUUCCAAUGCUGGCGCUUAAUCCAUACGGGGGAAGAAUGGCUCGGAUUCCGGCGAAUGCGACGCCGUUUCCGCACCGCGGAAACUUGGCGAAGAUUCAUUACUUGGUGAAUUGGGAUGAGCCGGGAACAGAGGCGGCGAAUUUCUACAUUGGUUUGUUGCGGAGGCUUUACUAUUACAUGACUCCGUUUGUGGCCAAGAAUCCGAGGGUGUCGUAUUUGAACUACAGAGAUCUCGACCUGGGAAUCAACGGCCAUGAUUCGAAGAAGACGAGUUACGAGAAGGGAAGGGAAUACGGGAUUAAGUAUUUCAAGGAUAAUUUCCAGAGGCUGGUGGAGAUAAAGACCAGAGUUGAUCCCGGGAAUUUCUUCAGGAACGAGCAGAGCAUUCCGACACUUCCGAUGGUAGAAAAGACUGGUGGGGUCCACUUAUUGGAGGCACGCAUGUGAUUCUAUUUUCCUUCGACUGGUGGGGACCACUGGUUGGGUCCAUACACAUAUUAAUUACGUCCUCUUAUUAUUGGGUUUUUUUCUUUUUUAUUUUUUUUUGUCGUUUGUGUGGAUCGUGUUGGUUAUCGUUGGUGGGUCCGUAUGUUUGGUUCAUGUAUAGUUCGCUGAGCAUCAUCCUUUCCAACUGCGGAGGAAGCAUUUGAUUGUGAUUGGUUCGGCCGUUGUACUUUGUGAUAAAGUGAUG